UCUGGCGGCAAUUGAUCCGUUAAUUUCAGCCUCUGUGCUGCCACUUCUCUCUUCAUCUUCUCCCCCAAAAUUCACACACUCGCACACCCUCACUGCGUGAGUUUUCCGCCAUGUUGAAUUGCUCCACCGCCGCCGCUGCUCAAUGCUGCAACGCCUCUUUAGCUCAUAAACUCUCUCCUCCGUCGAAACCCUCUCGAUCCCACUCUCUUCCUUCUUCGCUCCACGUUUCAUCUCCUUUUCUGCCGCAUCAGCAGCUUUCACCACACAAUGCGUACGGGAUCGCCGGUAUCAGGAACAAAUACGCGCGGAAGGUACCGAAGAUUGUAAGCUCAAAAGGUGAACCGUUGAAAGUGAUGAUUUCGGGUGCCCCAGCUUCGGGGAAAGGGACUCAGUGUGAGAUGAUCGUUCAGAAGUUUGGAUUAGUGCACAUAUCAACUGGAGAUAUCCUCCGAGCUGAAGUAUCAGCCGGUACAGAAAUUGGAAACAAAGCAAAGGAGUACAUGAGUUCUGGUCGUUUAGUUCCAGAUGAAAUUGUGACAGCUAUGGUGACAGCCCGUUUAUCACUAAAAGAUGUGAAGGACAGAGGGUGGCUUUUAGAUGGAUACCCGCGAAGUGCUGUCCAAGCAGAGAGUUUGGAGAAACUGAAUAUCAGGCCUGACAUUUACAUUUUGCUUGAUGUUCCCGAUGACAUUCUAAUUGACCGAUGUGUUGGGAGAAGGCUCGAUCCUUUAACAGGAAAGAUCUAUCAUGUAAAAAAUUUCCCACCAGAAAAUGAGGAAAUUAAAGCAAGGCUUGUUACUCGAUCCGACGACACUGAGGAAAAGGUAAAGGCACGCCUACAGAUAUAUAAGCAAAAUGUAGAUUCACUAGUGUCGACAUACUCGGAUGCAAUGAACAAGAUUGAUGGAAAGCGUCCAAAAGAUGUUGUUUUUAAAGAGAUAGAUUCUCUGUUGUCAACAUUGCAGAACGAUAAAGAAGAUGAAUCAAAAUCAGGUAAAUUGGCAAAAACUGAGAGCCAGUUUGACAAAUCAUCUCUAGAAAAGAAUAAUUGGAGAGGGAUACCGACGAGAUUGAAUAACAUUCCUCAUUCUAGAGAAAUCAGGAAAUAUUUUUACGAGGAUGUGUUGCUAGCAACCCAAAGAGCAGUGAGAGAUGGGAAAACUCGAUUGAAGGUGGAGAUCAGUAUUCCGGAGUUGAAUCCAGAAAUGGAUGUUUAUCGAAUAGGUACCUUAAUGGAACUUAUUCGUAUUCUUGCCCUUACCUUCGCCGACGAUGGAAAACGCGUCAAGGUUUGUGUUCAAGGAUCUAUGGGAGAAGGAUCACUAGCUGGAAUGCCACUUCAGCUUGCUGGAAGUCGAAAGAUUUUGGAGUUCAUGGAUUGGGGUGAUGAUGGUGCCCUGGGUAAUUUUAUCAGCAUUGGUUCUAUAGGUGGGAAAGAGGUUGAGGAGCAAGAUGACAUGUAUAUCUUAGUGGCUCCACAAAAUGCAGUAGGAAACUGUAUUAUUGAUGAUCUAAGAGCUAUGACUGAUGCUGCUGGUCAUCGUCCCGUCAUUAUUGUCAAUCCUAGGCUGAAGGAUUUACCAGGCUCAAGUGGCAUUAUGCAAACUAUGGGUCGUGACAAAAGAUUAGAAUACGCUGCUUCGUUCGAGAUAUGCUACUCCUUCCGGUUACUCUACUAUGCCGGUACCCAGUUUCCUAUAAUGGGUGCCCUCCGGAUGGCUUACCCAUACGAAUAUGAGCUGUACAAGAGAGUGGAUGACGAGUCUCCUAAGAAAGAGAAAUACUUAAUCUUGUCGAAAUUUGCCGAAAGGCCCAGCGGAGAAGAAAUCAACGAUGCAUUCGAAGGAAAAACGAGAGAUAGCAAAAGAUCACCAGGAAUAUGGGGACUAUUGAGUAAUUUAUUUUGAGACGAAGGGUGGAUAUAAGCUACUGAUGUACAGUAUAAGCAAUAUAUCGCCGUCUGUUAAUUCUUAUAGAAUCGUCUCGUUUGGGGCGGAAGAUGGACGUACUUUCUCUGUAAAAUCUUUAUGUAAUGUGUGUUUUGGGUGCGUGUUAAUACAAAACCUGGCAAAAUCAUAAGUAUUUAACAGAGAA